AUGAACGAUUCCCCGCGAUCGCCGAGCCCCCAGCCCUCGGACGAGCGGCCAUUCCCGAGUCUGCCGCCCGUGCCCGAAGCCGCCGAGGAGCUGGCGCCGCCCAAGCUCAAGCAGAUCUUGGACCUACGCGACACGAGCCACGCCGACCUGGCCAGGAUGGGCUUCACCGACAGCCGCUACGACGCCGCCGUGGCCUCCGGCUCCGUCGCGCUCGUGGACGCCGCCUGCGACGAGCAGGAGCAGCAGCUCGCGGCGCGCGCAAGGCUGCCGUCCUACGCGUCGUCCGCGGGCGACGGCUACACGCUGGAGGAGGACCUGCGCGCCAUGAACGACCAGAUGAAGCGCGUGCUGGCCUUCUGUGAGACCCAGCGCGAGAACCCGCUGCGCCUGCAGGCCAAGAUCAACGACCUGGAGGAGCAGCUGCGCCAGGCCAUCGCUGAGAAGAACUACUGGAUGAAGCGCUGCAAGGACCUCACGGGCCACCACCCGCCUACCGCCGAGGUCGCCAAGGUCGACCUGCAGUGCGUCAAGAGCCGCCCGCGCAAGCGCACCAACUCGGAGCUCAUCCUGAUCGCCGACACGUGGGCGCAGCCCGGCCGCGACGGCAUCUACAGCGAGGACACGUCCAGCCUCGCGGAGAGCGACUCGUCGUCCACGUACAGCGAGGCGGAGCUGGUGGACGGCGGCGCCGCAGCCCCGCGCUCGAUCUUCCGGCUGCUGCAGUGCUCGGACGAGCAGUGCGAGGUGUUCACCCCCAUGAACCGCAGCAUCCGCACGCAGCACCGCUCGCGCAACAACGUGCAGCUCAUGUGGGACGAGCCGCCCAAGACCGUGCUGAUCGUGAAGAAGCCAAACGAGCCGGACACGACGGACAUGCUCGUGCGCUUGACGUCGUGGCUGCACAAGGAGAAGAAGAUCAACGUGUUCCUGGAGCCGACUGUGCACAACGAGCUGUCGCUGUCGCACACCAAGACGUGGGGCACCAAACCGGAGGACUGGAUCGAGUGCCAGAGCAAGAUCGACUUUGUGGUGUCGCUGGGCGGUGACGGCACCGUGUUGUGGGUCUCUUCACUGUUCAGCAAGAGUGUGCCACCAAUCUUCUCGCUUGCGAUGGGCUCGCUGGGAUUCCUUACACCGUUCGACGCUGAGAACGCAGUGGAGCACCUCACCAGUGUCAUCAACGGCGGCUUCUACAUGUCGCUGCGCUCACGACUGGUGUGCUCCAUCUACCGUGGCUGCAAGGAACGCGAGAUUUCUGGAAACCUGCACGCACUGAACGAGAUCGUGAUCGACCGCGGUCCGUCGGGCGCUCUCGUUGAACUCAACUGCUACUGCGACGGUCUCGAGAUCACCAAGAUUGCAGCGGACGGUAUCAUCAUCGCUACGCCGACGGGCUCCACGGCCUACUCGCUGUCAGCUGGUGGCUCGAUGGCGCACCCUUCCGUGCCAUCCAUGCUGUUCACGCCGAUCUGCCCACACACGCUGAGCUUCCGACCGCUGAUCUUCCACGACAGCGCUACACUGAAGAUAGAGUUCCCCACCACCAGCCGUGCGUCGGCGUGCUAUGUGUCAUUCGAUGGCAAGAACCGUGUGCGCAUGGAGCGUGGCGACAGCAUUGUCGUCCGCGUGUCGUCCUACCCACUGCCCUCGAUCUGUCGGGUAAACGAGAACCAGGACUGGUUCGAGUCCAUGAUCACCAACCUGAACUGGAACCAGCGCCGGGCCCAGAAGCCAUGGCAGGCGCCGGUCGCCAGCAAGAUUUAG